AUGACAAGCGACUUGAUCCCGGUUGCACGGCAUAUUGGAGGUUUCGCGUCGACCUUGUAUGGCUUUGGCUUUGGCUUUGCAACCCGAUCGUCACUAGGAGCCAGCGACUCCGGCGCCGAAUUCCGAAAUUCACCUCUCACACUGGCCAGUUGGGCAAACCCGACUUUCUUAUCUCGCACGCCAACUUCAACCCCCAUCACACUAAGAGCAAACAACUUCAACUUCAGCUUCGACCUCGAUUUCUACGUCGACUUUGACAUUCGAUUUCGAUUUCUUCGCAGACUAGCAGUUGCCCAAUGCCCCAAGCUCCCUAGUAUAGCCACAACACAAGGCUGCCCCAAAGGGAUACUUGUUUCCCUAAACUGCCGGGCGUUGAAAAUGAGUAGUCGAUCCUUCAAGUCAGCGUCUUACUUCGCUUCCGCCGCCGCCCAGCAAAAGGGACCCCGGAGCCCUCGACCACCGUUCGUACGCACCACUUCAACGUCCGCUCCAACUUCGUCCAUGGCUUCGACGAAGGGCGACGACGCCUUCCUCUCGUCAUUUCGAUCUUUGAAUACCGGCGGCGAUAUCAAGGAGGCGGCCGUGGUAGGAGACAGGAAGACUGUAGGUGGUGGCGGGGCAAGUUCACGCCGUGACCCCUCUGGUGAUAAUAGCCCUCCUGGUCCACAACUCAAACCCGAAGCUUCACCAUCGCGGAAGAGAAGCACUCCCAUCGCAAUCGAGUUACCUCACAGAAGCGCCCCUAUUGCGUAUACCCCUUUGACAGGACGAGGGGACUUGAUCGGAGGUUACUUCCCGGACCACGACGAAGGAUCCUUCAAACCUCAUCCGUUUGGGCCACACCAGAGAUCUGGAACCUCAACUCCCGGCUCGCCAUCCAACAUGUCAGCUUCGUCAUCCCAUUCGUCGCCUGGCUCAGAUAUCACGCCUCGGGGCCCUCCUACAGUCCUCACCCCCAUCGUCAGCAACAAUAGUCCUACGUUCCCAACCACUGAUGCCCUUGGCAUCCCACUUGGAAAAUAUUAUCCCUCAAACUAUAUGCCACCCGUUACAGCAGCAGCCUCCACGUCCCGCAUGCCUACCUCAGCCCCUCCCACUUACUUGUCCAUUCCGCAAGUCGCCAGUUCCAGGAAUAAGAAGACCCCAGGACACGAGAGACACAACAGCGACAUAAAGCGCAAGCUUCAACAAUACCAACGGGAUAUGAUCGCACAGGCAAGGGUGGCGUCUGCCUCCACUGCUUCCCACGCCCUCACGGUGCCCAAGCCGGUUGGUCCGAGAUUAGCACCGUGUGGAAGCCCAGGACCUAUCACUCCACUGGAGUUGGAGGAGAGCGAUAGUUAUCUUGCUGCUGGUGCUCGAGCUAGGGGAAACGGCUCGAUUGGGACCGAACUUGAGAAGCAGAGGCAACUGGCGCAGGCCGCGGUGGGCAUCGAAAACCAGAGACCUAGGACGGCAGAUGCCCUUGGUAUCCUGAAUUAA